AAAAAGUCGCCAAGCAUCGUAAAGGACCUGGUUGUUGUUUCAGAUUCCGAAUGGUCCUGGAUUUUCCUCGAUAAAGGCGUUUGCCAGUGUUUAAUAACUACAAGAGAGUGGAAAUAUUAUGUGUCGUCCCAAAUUGUCUGAAUUUAUAGUUUCCGUUGGUCCGCAAGCUGAAUGGAGGCGCCAAUUUCCUGUUGAACAUGCUGCACCUUCAGCGCCAAGUUUGGAAAAACAGAUUUUACAUUUUUAAUGGGAGUGAUGAAUUGAUUCGCAUGCUUUUUAGUUGUUGAACCUGAGCAAAAAAUCCUGAUUGCAUCUACAAAGGUAAUCACAUUACAGGCUUGAUGCAACCAUGGACAACAGGGAUGAAUUCCAGAGGUGAAUUGAGAGUGACUGCCUAUGCCAUCAAGACUGCAUUUAACUGACGUUUCAUGGAGGAGCCAUACAAUAAGAAGAUAACCAUCAGAGAGGCAGCAGCAUGAUGUGAGAUUUACAACACAAGAAAAAGUGAAAGCACAGAGAUAACACAAAGAAAGAAGCAUUCUCUGAGAUCACUGAAAGAUGAUUUUCCAGAAACUGCUACCAUAGAAACUGACUAAGAGGUGCAAGUACUGGGUUAGCAGAACCUGGAUAAAAGAACCAGAAGAAGAAAAAAAAAAUCUGCAUCAUUAGGUGGGGGGUAGUGGGGGUGACAGUUCAAAGGCUGUUACAAUGGACACUGAACAGAAUUUAAACACUCAAUUGUAUGUAGGUAAAAGUGAAAAGAAACGUAAAAAGAAACAGACAGAAUAUUCUGCUUUGUUAUCGGGGUAUGAUAAUCUAGAGACUAUUACAGCAGACACUAAACAAGAUUUAAACCAUUUCACAUCUGUAGGUAACAGUGGAAAGAAACGGAAGAAAAAGAAAGACUAUUCUACAUCGUUAGGGAGAUGUGAUAAUUCAGAGGUACGUACAGUGGACAGUGAUCAAGACAGAAACAAUCUCCUGUUUGUAGGUAAUAGUGAAAAGAAACACAAGAAAGAAGGUUGUUCUGCAUUGUUAUCGGGGUAUGAUAAUCUAGAGACUGUUACAGCAGACACUGAACAAGACUUAAAUCAUUUCAUGUCUGUAGGUAACAGUGGAAAGAAACGGAAGAAAAAGAAAGACUAUUCUACAUCGUUAGGGGGAUGUGAUAAUUCAGAGGUACAUACAGUGGACAGUGAUCAAGACAGAAACAAUCUCCUGUUUGUAGGUAAUAGUGAAAAGAAAUGGAAACGUCAGAAAAAUAAGGGGCACAAUUCUCAACCAGGAAGUAAAGGUGAUGGUUCAGAUCUGCAAAAUCCCUGCAAAUCUGAUGCUGGUGAAAAUAAACUGCAGGGGAAGAAGAAAAACUAUGCCGUGGCAUUAGAGCAGUGUGCUGUUUCAGAUACUGUUAUGGUCGAUAAACAAAACUUACAAAUUUUCCAACUUCUACAGAGUAAUACGAAUAAACUGAAGAAAAGAAAAAAAGGAGGCAACAGUUCCAUACUUGGGGAAGAAUGUGACAAUUCAGAUUUGCAAAAUCUUAAGUUAGUAGGUGAUGGUGAAAAAAGUAAGAAAAAUCACCGAUGCAGUUCACUAGAAUCUGAUGCUACAAUGCAGGUGAGCUCCAUAGCGACUAAGACAGAGAGUCAACAUUCUGAGUUGAUGGGUAAUGAAAGAAACCAAAUGAAUAAGCAAACACAUCAUUCCUACUCAGAUGAGACCAGGGUUUCAGUCUCUGCAGUAAAGACUAAACAAAUACUGCAAAAAAGUGCGAGAUUAGUGGAAAAUGGUGAUGAGGAAAAAGACCAAGUCACGGCAAUAAAAACUACUGUAGAGAUUACGACAAAAGAGAUUCCACACUUCAUACAGAAUCCUGAGUUAAUGGGUGGUAAAGUUCGCUACUUGACUAAAAGGAAGCGUCCUUCCAGUCCAGCAGAAGAGAGACGUGGGAAAAACCAUUGUAAAUCAUCAAAUGGUAUUGAUGAUUUGGAGACUUCUGCAAAGGCUCAUCAAGAAAGUACAAUAUCAGCAUAUGUUGAUUUGGAUACAGAAAGAUCAACCCAAAAAUGCAAAAGGAGUAAGAAGAAAAUGCAGUUUGAGAAUAUAAAUGGAGAUGUCCCCAACAAUGAAUCUGAAAUUCCUCGAAAGUCUAUCAAGAAAUGCAAAAUAAGCAACAUUUUGCCAUUUGGAAAUUGUAGUGCAGACUUUCUAGGAACAAAUGAUACUUCUUUGCAGAAACAUAAAGUAAAUUGCGAUGGAAAUGAAACUAUGGGGAAAGAAGCAGAGGGCUUUUCCAAGGCUGUGGAUGUCAUUGGUAUUGCAGAAAUCACUGGAGAGCAGACUGAGCAGAUAGUGCAUAAUUCUAGCACGGCUUGUGAAGAAACUGUUAAAACCUCCAAGAACUACAUACAAAAGAGAGGCUGUCCAUUAGGUAGUAAAAAUUCUGGCAGACCCAAAAAGUUGAUGUUGGGUGGACCUAAAAAGCCUCCUGCAACUCAAAGCAGACUGAAAAAUAAGCAGCCACGGCAGCAUAUGACAGAAUCUAAGAAUAAUGCUAGCAUUACAACUGUUGAGAACUUUCAGUGGGAGGAAGUGCCUAUUGGUCAAGAUAAAACUAAAUGCAAUCAGAUGGACAAAUCAAAAUUGACUGAGCUGCUUAAGGACUUUAUCCCUAACGUGGAAAAAAUGACAAAUGAUACAUUGUAUAGCAUGUAUAAAUAUGACCUUCCGAGGUUUCAGAAGUUUAAAGCUGAAGGAAUUUCCAUCCGGCAAGGCAAGUUUACUGAGCAAGAAAACCAACAAUUGCAGAAAAACCUGAAAGAAUUAAUGGAACUAAUUGGAAUUCAAAAUGAAUGGGACCUGUUACACGUUCCUGAGUCUGUUGAAGAGAUGACAAGAAUUAGACGACUGAAAAUGAAUAAUUUAUUCUGUUGCAAACUAGCUGAAGAUAUUCCAAGACCAUGGAAGUGCGUUUAUCAGCGAGCUAAGAGAAUGUAUCACCCUCAUCGAUGUAAAGGCAGGUACUCAGAAGAAGAACUGAACAAACUGCGACGUUUGCAAGUUGAAUAUGGCAAUCACUGGAAAAAGAUUGCAAAAUUUAUGGAACGUUCUGAUGGAUCUGUUAUAUGCCGAGCAAAAACAAUGAAAAAUUCUUUGAAAAUUGGACCAUGGAGCAAGGAGGAGAAAAUGGCAUUUAUGAAGAUAAUGGAGGAGGUUCUGAGAAAAAAGAUACAAGAGGCACCCCAGGAUCUAAUGAGAGCAGUUUCAAAUUCGAACACACUUAGCUCAAUCCUGCGAGAAAAGCUAUACAAGGAAAUUCCUUGGUUUGCAAUUGCAGACAAAAUGGAGCACAGAAACUGGGCACAAUGCAGGCAGAAAUGGAUGAGCAUUCUGACUACAAAAAUGUCCGGAGGAGUGAGACCUGUUCGAGUUCACAAUCACCAGUCAAAAAUCAAUCUCAUCAAAAGGUUGUACCUGAUGAACAUUGAUGAUGUUGGUGAUGUCGACUGGGAAGAUCUUUGUAGUGCUGUUGGAGACGUUCCUCCUUUAAUCGUUCAAAAGAUGUUUUAUAAAUUGAAAGUUCGUUAUGUACCUGAUUGGCCCAAAAAAUCCUUUGGAGGAAUUGUGGACUUUCUGCAUGACGAAAUAGUUCCAAAAUUGGAAGAAAUAAUAAGGAAAAAGGAAGACCAAUGCAGUUUGAAUGGAUCAAGUGAUUUCUGUCAGUCACUACAGCAUGAGUUCAAAUUAAGUGAUAUAUUUGAUGAUGACGAUGAUGAGGAAGAUGAAUUUGAGAACAUAGAUACAUUGGAAGAGCCUACUGGAACCUCACGAGAGACUGCAGUCAGAGAAACCAAUUGAAAAUGUGACCCCACGUGGCACGAUUUGUCACGGAUGCUGAAGUGACAACUUUGAAUGAAAUACUGUCAGUGCAAAAAUGUUGACAUUCACAUUAUGUGGUGUCGUGAGAUUCUUGUGUUUUUAUUAUUCAACAGUCUAUGCCAGGUAGAUUUUUAAAAUUUUGAUUGUUGGCAUUUCUAGUUAGAGCAGCAUUUGUAACCUUUCUCUAAUUUGUACCAAAUGCACAUUGUUGAGAAGGUUAAUCUCCAGAAAAUUUGCAGAAAUUGUAUGAAAAUAAAAAUCAACAGUCUCUGUUCAUGAACAAUUUAAAUGAUACUGAGUAAUGUGAUACAAAUACACUUUAUCUUUUACAUAGAAUAUUAAUGUUUGGUUUAUGUGAAUACUUUUUAAAUUUAAAAUUAAAUUUUAUUUAGCUUAAAUCUUUUCUAUAAUAGAAAUGCAAAAUAUUUGGAAUAUAAAUAAAAGCAAAAGCUGGAGAUACUCAGUUGGUGUGACAGUAUCUGCAAUGAGAGAAAACGUUAACAUUGCAAAUCUGACAAAAGAUCUGCAACAUUAACUCUUUCUCUGCACAGAUGCUGCCAGAUCUGUUGAUUAUUUCCAAUAUAUUUUAUAUAGUAUUCAGGAUGUUCAUCUUGAUCCCUUAUAACUUAUGUGGGAAAGAAGGAAAGUUGCUUGGAGUGUUAAAACGUGUGUGCUUAUGUUCAACUACUUGGCUUAAUGUCUGUAUAAUUAUGAUAGUAAACCUUAACUGUACAAUUA